CACCGCCGGCCCCUCGGCAGUGGGACGCGGCGAGCGGAGCGAGGCAGCUCGUCCUGCCCCACCGGCCAUGGCGCUGCCGCGGGUGCUGCUGGCGCUGGCCGGGACGGGCGCAGCCGCCGGCCUGGGUGAAGCAUGCCAGGGCGGCGGAACGGGCCGGGGCGGCGGGGGAGCGUUUUUCCCUCGGGUCUCGGUGGUUUCCCCACUGGGGACGGGUGGGGGGGGUUGCGGGGGGCCAGCAGCGCAGCCCCUCACCGGCCCCGCUCCCCCAGUCCUGCUGCCCUACGUGCCCCGGGCGCCCCGGCAGGCGCUGGCGGGGAAGGUGACCGCCACCACCUUCGCGCUGGACAAGCCCUUCUGCGUCUUCGACGGCUACGCGAACGCCACCGACAGCGUCUGGCUGGCCGUCGCGUUCGCCAACGCCUCGGCCGCCUUCAGGAACCCGGCGUCCCCGGCCGCCGUCCCGCCCUACGGGGAGCUGCGGGCCGCGCUGUCCUACAUGACGCUGGAGACGCCGGCCAGUGCCUACGCCUGCCGCCAGCGGAGCGACGCCGUCCUGCGGGUGGGCAGCGACACGGCGUGCGGCGCUGAGAGCGGCCCGGCCCCCUGCAACGGGCCCCUGCCCUCCCCGGGGCCCUACAGGGUGAAGUUCCUGGCGCUGGGUCCCCGCGGCCCCACGGCGGAGACGCGCUGGUCUGAGCCCAUCGUCCUGCGGCGAGCCUGCAGCCCCGGCACCCUGGAGCCCAGCCCCGCACGCCGCGGCAGCACCACGCUCGUCAUCGCCUCCGUCCUCGCCGGCCUCGGGGCCGCGCUGGCCGUGGGGCUCCUCGGCGCCGUCCGCGCCCAGCUGUGCCGGCCGCGGCGCCGGGACCCGGCCGCCGGCUCCUUCGCCCGCAGCUCCUACCGGACCCACCACAUCCCCCCGGCGCCGGCGCCCCCCGGCAAGGCCUGCGCUGCCAGGGCCCUGCGCUGAGACCCCCCCGGGGCCGUGCAUGCCCCCCGCCGUACUGCCGCGCCGCGGGCCCUGGCAUCCCCCUCCCGACGAGUAAAGUCUGGCUUCGACCUGC